AUGCCGUCCACGCGAAAGCGCACUUUGCGCGACGUCGAGUCUGACGUGGUCUCUUCCACUCCCGAGACCCCCAAAGAGCCACCCAAAGAAAUUUCGCUGCUACAACGUAUCAGAAAUACAUGGCAGUUUGCCAACCUUUUUCAAUGGAUCUACCUCUUUGGCAAGGUGGUCAAGAUUGACGAGAGCAUUGACAUAGAUACAUUGGAAGCAGAAUGCUUGAAGCAUAACUCACCUGUACUCGCUGGCAUCGGCCUGGCACUACUCAAAUCCGUCUCGUCGCACCGAGGGCUUACCCCGGACCUCUUCGAUGAAUACACGCGCCGGCAAUACGUUGCGAGAAGGCCCGCGCAGAAUCCUUUUGGUACUGAUGAAACCCCGGCUAGCUUUCACGACUUUGAUGUAUUCACCAAGCUUGCAGUACUGCAACAACUGACGCAGUGGGUGAUGCUGCAUCCGGAACGUAUCCGAGACAAAAUGGACGAGCAAAAGCUUUCCGAUCAGACUGAUUGGAGAAUUGAGCCCUAUGGCUGGGAUAGCGAAGACCGAGAGUAUUAUCUGCUAGACGACGAUCGUCUAUAUCGGCGCACGGAUGCACCUCCGCCUACUCCUGCCUGGAAACCUAAGAAGAACAGCAAGAAGGCGAAGGCUGCUGCACGAGCCGCCAAACGGCGCCGUGUCUCGAGAUCUGCUGCCGCCGAUGCGGAAGACAUUGAUGACGGACCUGCUUCUGACACGGAGGAGCCACAAUCCCUUCAAGAUGAUGGAUUCGGUGGCGCCGCGUGGGAAUGCAUUGCUGUUUCUCUGGAUGACGUUAGAGCUUUUCUUGCCACGAUACGGAAGACUCGGGAUGAGAACGAAAAGAUCUUGAGGGACCGGCUGGAAGAAGGUCUUGUCCCUAUUCUUGAGAAACAAGAAGAAUCACGCAAGAGAAAGGCAUUGGCGCGAGAAAAGGAGCUGCUCAGCCUCGAGAAGAUGGCACAUGCGAAGAGGUCCAGUCGCCUGGCAGGCAAGGUGGAACGCCAGAAACAGGAGGAAGAGGACCGCAUCGAGCAAGAAAAGCGACGCAGAGAAGAAGCAGCUGCUCGUAAAGAGGAGCAGUUGCGCCUCAAGCGAGAGAAGGAGCGAGACAACAGACUCAUGUCUCGUGAGAACCGCUUGAAAGAGAGAGAGGUGCGGCGCCUCAAACACGAAGAGGAGCUUGCUCAGCUCUCCGAGGACAGCAAGAAUGUCGACUCUGAUAGCGGAAGACUCUCAGGCCGUCGGCUAGAAGCUGAGAUUGCUAGAAACAAACGAGCUCUAGAAGAACUUGAUGACGAAGAGGAGGACUGGAUCUUCGACUGUGUCUGCGGUGUCUAUGGGCAGGUGGACGAUGGCACUCACAGUAUUGCCUGUGAGAGAUGCAACGUGUGGCAGCAUAGCAAGUGUGCCGGAAUCAGUGAAGAAGAGGCAGAACGAGAAGAUUUCCACUUCAUUUGCAGUGUAUGCAAGCGAAAAGAGCUAAACCCACCAAAGCACACCGUCAUAAAGCUCAAACUUAAGGGCCCGGGCGACGCGCCAUCAUCACCACCUCAGGCCACAACGGCAACCGGAUCUGAACAGCAGCGUCCUGUCUCGCGCUCUGCUGUUGUGGUUGAGAUACCUUCGAAAUCUUUGGUGAAGCCAGAUCUCUCACCAAGCUCGAGCAGUACGAAGGCAUCUACGCAGGCCCUGAGGGGACCUGCUUCUCAGCACAGUUCGCCUCCAGCAGCUCCUCGGUUCACUAUUCCCGUCAAGCCAACAAGUCAGACUCCCAUCCUGCCACCGCCCUCGCCAUUCUACAAUCUUGACGGUUCCAACCCUUUCUCAUCGCCUCACCCUACAUUAUCACCACCGCAACAGUCGCCCAAUAAGUCUCGCGCAUAUUCGACAAUUAAUCCAUCGUCUCCGCCUGCGGCAGCAGCAAGUUCGCCAGGAACUCAUAGGAUCUUACCGCCAAAAGGCAUAUUCCAUAUUUCACCCAGUGCUAAUGGAGCCGCAUCAAAGAAGAACACGGCAGCCGCCGGUUCCUCCCAUACUAAGGUGACAUUACCUACCAUGCCAGCUACUUCGGCUUCACCUAAAAAGCCAACUACUCAGGAUGCAAACAACAAACAGGCAGGAAUGUCGCCACCUCCAAGCUCCCUGUCAAACUCGCGUCGACUAUCGAGCAGCAGCGCCACACCAUCACUGCUCUCGACACCUCAGCUCAAGCAUAGACAACCCGAGCUGGCAUCUGAUAUAAAGACGCCUACUCUUCCACCAACUCAGAAUGGCCUAUCACCCUUGAAGCGUUCACCGCCACAGGCACAACAACAACAAAGCACGGGUGGAGCUCGUUCAUCACCGGCACCGCCUAUCUUACCGCCUGUAGCAUUAUCGCCUACCCCAACCAAGCAGAUCAUGACUCCACCAGUAAAACCGGCUGAACCAAUGCGACCCAACUCGCAGGACUCAAACGGUGCUCCUGGACGGCUGUAA